CACACUCCGUCACUUCUUAUCUCCCCAGCAGCUUUGAGGCAAGGGCUCCCUGACCCUGUGCAGUGUGUAUAUGUGUGUAUGUGUGUUUGUGUGUGCAUGUUAUGUAGAGACUGGGACAGAGCAGCAGCGGCAGGCUGAGCUGAGAUUGUGCGACCAGAUCUGGAAUGGGAGAGAGAGUCACAGUAGCAGCUGCUCCGUUGCAUUAAGAGGCUCUCACUCUGACAGAGGACAAUCACAGGGACACAGACACACAGGACUUCCACUGCUGCCACUGCCUGUUGCUCUCAGUGCUACUGACUGGCACUGAGUGAUUUGCACAGUCAAGAGGAUAACACACUGGACUGAGUGUUGAGUUUGUGUGUGUGUGUGUGUGUGUGUAUGCGUUCCCCCUCCUGUCUGGAGCGAGGAUGAGGAUGAGGGAGCUGUCUCUGCGUCAGGACCCUGACCUGAGGAAGGAGUUGGCUCUGCUGGCACGCGGCUGUGACUUUGUACUGCCCUCACGGUUCAAGAAGAGGCUCAGAGCCUUCCAGCAAGGACAGGCUCAGGUGAGGACGGAGGAGCCCGUCACCACAGCGCUGAGUGCGAGCAUUCCAAAGUUUCACUUCCCACAGGGCCGGCCCCAAGCCAACCUCAACAUUGACAGCCUCAUUUCCAAAAUUGAGAAAAUAUUUUCCCAAUUCCCAAAUGAAAGGGCCACCAUUGAGGACAUGGGGCAGGUUGCCAAGGCCUGUGAGUGUCCUCUCUACUGGAAAAUGCCAUUGUUCUGCUCGGCUGGAGGCGACAGGACCGGCUUCGUGUCCGUUCACAAAUUCGUGGCUAUGUGGAGAAAAACUCUGCAGACCUGUCACGAUGACGCUUCUAAAUUUGUGCACCUCUUGGCCAAGCCUGGCUGUAAUUACCUGGAACAAGACGACUUUAUUCCAUUCCUGCAGGAUGUGGUGAACUCACACGCAGGCCUGGCCUUUCUGAAGGAGGCACCGGACUUUCACUCGCGAUACAUCACCACGGUGAUUCAGCGGAUAUUCUACAAUGUGAAUCGGUCGUGGACUGGAAAAAUAACAUGUUCUGAGCUCAGGAAAAGUAACUUUCUUCAGAACGUGGCGUUGCUGGACCAGGAAGAGGACGUGAACCAGCUGACAGAGUUCUUCUCCUACGAACAUUUCUAUGUCAUCUACUGCAAGUUCUGGGAGCUGGACACAGACCAUGACCUCUACAUAGACCAGAAGGACCUGGCACAGCACAGUGACCAAGCCAUCUCCCAGAAGAUGAUCGAGAGAAUAUUCUCAGGAACAGUAACGAGAGACAGACGGGUGUACAAAGAAGGCCGGCUGAGUUACGCUGAUUUCGUCUGGUUCCUCAUCUCCGAGGAGGACAAGAAGACGGACACCAGCAUAGAGUACUGGUUCCGCUGUAUGGACCUGGACGGGGACGGGCUGCUCAGCAUGUACGAGCUGGAGUACUUCUACGAGGAGCAGUGUCAGAAGCUGGAGACCAUGGCCAUCGAGCCCCUUCCCUUCGAGGACUGCCUCUGCCAAAUGCUCGACCUCGUCAAGCCUGAGGUCGAAGGUAAGAUCACUCUGCGGGACCUGAAAAGGUGCAAGCUGUCCCACGUCUUCUUCGACACGUUCUUCAACAUCGAGAAGUACCUGGACCACGAGCAGAAGGACCCCUUCUCUGUCAUACGGGAGGCGGAGACGGACGGCCAGGAGGCGUCAGACUGGGAGAAAUACGCAGCAGAGGAGUACGACAUCCUCGUGGCUGAGGAGGCCGCCAACGAUCAGUGCAACGACGUGUACGAUAAUCCUCUGAGCCCGUUAGGCCAGCACAUCUCCACCGAGCUGGGUCUGACGAAGAGACACUUCUUUGAGAUCCCCACCCCACACUGCAACCUGGACCUGGACGAGUACGAGUACGAAGACGACUUUGAAUGACCCGCGCGGGGCCCCGCUCGACCGAGCAGCGCUUAGUCGACGAAUCGCAUCAAAUCAGAGACUCGCGGGUUCAGAGCGCCGGUGCUGGAGGAACGGACACGGUAUCUCACGUCUGACGUGAGCAGAAGGCGGUUCAGCACGAUACUGUACUAUACCAGAUGUUUUAGUAUUUUCACCGGUCACACUUAAAGAAGUCGCCACACGGGUUCGACUUGACGAUGUCACGAGCAGCACGUUUAGACCGUCGCUUCAUCGCCCACGUACAAGUUCAAGUUCUGCAUGUCAUGCUCUGUACAGAUGUUUGGGGCGAGUGUUCUUUCAUGUGAACAUCAGUACUGUCACACACUCUUUCACACACUGGAGCUCCCUGGAUUUAAAAACCAUGUUUCUAUGAGCUGAUCAUCUGACGUCAUUGGCCAAUGUUACAUUCCAGUGAUCAUAAGACUGUAAAUUCAUGAGUUACCGAAAAAUGCCAAACGAGUCACCGUCGAGCCUGCUGUACACACAAGCACACAGUUCAGACUGCCACAUAUUGUACAGGUUAUUAUUAUUAUUAUUAUUAUUAUUAUUAUUAUUAUGAAUUAGAUUUAAUGUAUGUGUGAGAUGGGGUUCUAAAUUAUUAGAUGAAUUUAUAAAUAACUGUAAAUAUUUAUUUGGUGCUUGCUGUGUUUGUAAAUGAUUUGGGCAAGUGUUUUAAGCUAAUUCUUUUUUCUAUGUUACACAGUACUUAAUUUGAAUGUACUCUGACAGAACAAAAGGAACCAAUUUUCAAAAUGUUUUGCUUUUCUUUAAAUAAUAAAGCCUUGGUUAACGGAAGAGUAAAGAGACGGGACUGCUGGCUUUUCAUUUCAUCCAUCCAGAAAUCACAAAUCCAGAUGUUGAAAGACAAUAAAAUGCUGUCAGGGUGCAGAUGUAUCUACUGCGUGGACAAAUGUUUAUUUAAAUAAAUAUACAGCAUACACAAGCUUUGACCUUAUAACUAUAAGGAGCGUUAAUAAAGUGGCAGGCAGGAGGAUGAAGCAGAGUUCUUAAUGCGCUCUGAGAAAAAUAGAAAGUUGAAUAAUAUAAAUAAAUGUAAAAGAUGGAUCGUUUAGAGUCACUUGUAAUAUUCAAGUACAGAACGGACACGUACAACCCCGACGACAAAACUCUAGGUCGCUUUGAAAAAACGUGAAUUUAAUUUUUAACAAAAAAGUGAACUCGUCUUCAUAUCUGACUUUCUCUUCGCGUGAUGGAGUCUUAAGUUGUUUUUGCAGAUGCAGGGAUUUUCCAAAAUGUUCCCAAGCCCUUGUAGUAAUAUCUUUUAUAACGUCAUGCUGUUUUUUUAAUGCGUGAUGCCUGGAGGGAAUCAAAGGUCACAAAUCGAAGUAGAUCGAAAUCCAUAAAUUUGUUAUUUUAAGUGCACAGCGAGCACGAUGAAUCACGAGGACUCAGCCGUUCAUAUCCAGUCAUGAUACUUUCACCUGCGACCUGUUUAAACCGGUUUCCAUCAGGUGUUUUUGAAGCGUUACAUAAUUUUUUUACACUUUUUCUUGAACAUGUUGCGACCUCCAGUCCAUCUCAUCUCUGUGCUGCACUCAACUUUU